AUGCAUGCCUCUGCGUGAUUGACAACAAAAUUUUCGCGGAAGGCAAAGAAGAAAAUGGCUACAGGGGACCUUCUGAAUAAUAUUCGCAAGAUGCGGAAGAAGCUGAAGGAUAUGAAGUAUAUGGAAGACAUAAAUAUUUCGGGAAUCAGCGAAGGUACUGCCACUGCGUACCUGCCUCUGUAUCAUUUCGCCUUCACCAGUUACUGUCCAGCUGUGGCCGAGCUCAUCCUUAGUAAGGACAUUGAGCUUUUCGGUAAAACUGAUGCCAGGUUCAUGGAAGCUGCAUAUAAGGUGCUUCGAGACAUAUUUUCCUACAAACCACCAUUAACAAAAGAGCAGUUUUUUGGAAAAGGCUUCAUUGAAAGAAAAGUGAUUAUGUGUACAGACAUUCUCGAUCUUGUUAAACAGAAAGCUCUCCAGUUAAACCCAGCUUCUAAGAAAACUUCACUAAAGACUGGUGUGAGGCAAAGUUCUGCUCAGACUUCACGAAGUUCUAUUGGUGUACCAAAGUCGAAGUCUCUAUGUGGAAAAGUAUCACCAAGGAUUGAAGAACGAACAUCAAACUCUGCCCGUAUCGGGAGGCACAAUGCCCCAGCCUCAACACAAUCCCACGCCCCCCAGGUGGUCAAUGAGCUGAUUGCCUCACCAGACAUAGAGCCCAGGCGUCACAUAUCACAUGUUUCCCCACAGUCUGUACCAGUACGGCAUGUGGCUCAGAUGCAAGACAAAGCCAGCUCCAGCUACAGCAGUUGGAACUCAGAGGUACAGGGCACAGUAAGACACGUCACCAUUAGAUCUCCCAGAGAAACACAUUUAUAUUCACCAGAGUCCAGUACCUCUGAACACAACAAUACUCCAGAACUACAGCCAGUUAGAGACUGUUUUAACACACCUAGUAUCAAGAAAGUGUGUCCGAAGUUUGUUGAGGUUGUCAGCAUUCCUAGAAAAAUUACAUCAGACGGGUAUGAGCCAAGCAUCCUUGAGAUAAGGGCACCAGCCAGUGACUCUGUUCUGCAGGGCCCAGUAGCCUCUCAACAGGAACAGUUGACAGAGGUCACAUCACAGGUGGCCUCUUUACAACAGACUGUGAGCAAUUUGAUGACAAAUGUCCAGUCUCAGCUGGAGAUGCUACAUGAGGUGGGCGUGUCUGGGGGCGGAGACCAAGUGACCCAUCAACUGGACAAAGUCAUUGCACAGCUCACCUCACUGGCGGCUAGGAUGACCCUCGUUGAAAACAGGGUCUCCAUUAUAGAGGCCAAGUUGGAAACAGUGCAUGGAUCAGGAGACACAGCCCUUAUAACUCCUCAAAAUAUACAUAGAGGUAGGCGAAAUCCUGCUGCCGAAGCUGAGGGCGGUGCAAACAGGGGUAGGGAAAAUCAUUUAGGCAAUUAUGAUGAGCCUAACAGUACCCUUAUGUCUGAGGCCACAGGAGGGAGCCAGCCUUCUGCUCUCAAUAUGGCCUGGGGAGAUUCGGACAACCAAGAAGCAGGACUUCAAAAUGUCAACUCUCCACUGUUUGAAGGUCCGGGGUCUUCAUUUGCUGCAGAAUUGAAGUCCCUGCCAUACAGUCAAAAGUUAGAAUCUUUGCGACAACAGCACAAUUCAGACAUCUCUUUGAACUACUCCCCAAUACGCAAGAUGACCAAUGGCAUUGCAGGACAGUUGGUUUCAGCCAAUGAGGACACUUUUGCAAUGGAAACAGAGGACGAUGCUCGCCGUUCCAGUACUCCUACUCUCGCGGGAACACUCACAGACAGCAGUCUCCAUUUUGACUGCUCUCAUAUUGAGACAAAGGAUAUGGCUGCCAGGAUCAAUGACAUGAUGAAAGAGACCAUGAAAAUGAUCCAACCUUGCCAGCAGAAACUAGAUGGUGCAAAUGGACAGUAGAAGAGAACCAACCUGGUCAGCAGAAACUAGAUGGUGCAAAUGGACAAGAGAGGGGAACCGACCUGGUCAGCAGGAACUAGAAAGAGCUAAUGGACAGGAGACGUAGAAUGAUGAGAAAAUUAUAAUAUUGAGAGAAUGAUCUUUAUCGACUGUAAUCUGGAAAAGGUGCCUAAAAGUUGUUACCUAGUCUACGCAUGCCUAUUUGCCAGGUACAUGGUACUGGUAAUGAAGCACUCUUUGAACUUUUUGCUUUGAAGUUGAACUUGUUCAUGAGGCAACAUGUAAUAUGACAAAGUACAGCUGUUUUGAAAUGCAAAUAAUUUUGAGGACUUUUUUUGGAUAAAACUAUAAAUAAAGGUUUGUUUAAUUCUCCGAACUUUAACAAAAUGCAAUCAUACCAUUUUGUUGUUAUCUGCAUAUCAUAUGCUUUAAAACAUUGUCAAAAAAUUGACAAUUGUUUUGAAGUUUGAAUAUUAUGCAUGUAUAGCCAUUCAUAAUUGUGGAUAAUUUAAUGACUUACACUGGUCGAAAAAACUCUCAAAGUCACUCUUUUUCUCUCAGAAAUAUGUUAUUAAACUACUUUAGCCAUGUUUUAAGGAUGAAAGAGACAGAAAUCAUUUUAUAUUAGAGUUUAGACAAAAUAUAGUCAAGCUAAUAUUUACAUAAAACAUUCUUUAAAGGCCAGUUUAAAUUUACAUUUAUGACAGUGAAAAAUGUUGUUUAAUCAGUUAUAGUAUAUCAUGUUUGUUAAUUGAGACCAGCUUUUAUACGUAUAAUCGUAUAAUACUGUGUUAUACAUUUAUGUUAUGUUUCUAUAUUCAUAUAGGAAUUUCCAAUAUCAGUAAGGACAUUUUUUACCUUUAAACAAGAACUUUCUUUAUUUAUCAUGAAGGAUGUUGACAUCAUUGGUGUGUCAGUUUUUGUAUGUAGAAUGUACAAAGUUUGCAAAAUUUUAACCAAAUAAAAUUUUUGGUUGAAAAUCUCAUUAAAACCAUAAAUUUAGAGUAGAAUUUCAAGAAAUACGCCAAUGUAUUUUACAUUGAACAAAUUCACAAAGAUUUUCCACAACAUUUCAUCUUUUUAUGUUGAGAUGCGGCAAAUUUUUAGAACAGCCCUCAGAAUUUUGUCAACACAACUUUGCAAAACACAUGCAUUUAAAGCAACACAUUUAUCGCUUAAGAUACUCUAUUCAAUUGAAGGUGUCUAUCUGACUUUUGUAAAACAAUAUGCAUUAUUUAUAUGUUUAUUUAUUUAUUACAUCUGUUUCAUCGAUUUUGUGAUUAUAUUGUUAAAUGUAUGUAAAUUAGUUGAUGCAAAG